AUGCAGGCGACACCCGAAGCGUCUGCGCCGAUCUUGAAGCCGACGCCCGAAGCGCCGAUGAUCAUCACGUCGGGGCCGUUCGACUGCAUCAUCCGCAGCCCCGACACGCCCGGCCCGCUCGCGUUUUUGAACGGCCUCCCGUACUUUGCCAUGGCGCAGAUGCUCUUUGCCUUCAACGCGUUCAUCCUCAUCAACUGGUACGGCUCCAUCGGUGCCAUCAUCGGCUCGAUCCUCGCUGUCGGGAGCGCCGUCGUCGACGGCUUUGCGUCCAACAGCUUUGGGGAGAACGUACGCACGCUGCGCCACAACGGCUUCUCCGACUGGACCGUGCUGAGUGCGAUGGCAUUCGCGAUCGUGCUCGGGGAGGUCAUGAACGUCGUGGUGAUCCAGAACCUCGCGCCCGCCGGGUCGCUCGAAGCCCUCUUCUCGCCGUCAACGUACACACGCUACACGCUCUUUGGGAUCACGACCAACAUUGCGAUCGUCGAGGUGCUCUUCUACGUCGGCCACAUGUUUCUCCACGAGGCGUGGCCCGAGAUCCACGUGAUGCACCACUGCACGGUCAAGUCGACCGCGUCGUCCAACUUGAUUUUUGACCCGCGCGACUUGGCGAUCGAGCUCGGCGGGCCCGGUGCGAUCGUGAUUGUGAACCACUUUUUGCUCUGGGAGCAAGACCCGACGAUCCUCCUCGUCACGUUCCUCUUUGUAACGUGGGCGUACUCGAUCAUUCACCACGAGUGGUAUGCUGGC